AUGUCCAAGCCCUGCUGCUUCUUUUUCUGCCAGGUCCCGUGGAACUGGGUGAACAACUAUGACAUCACCCAAAGCAGCUGUUCCCAAGGGGGUGUGAUAUUCACUACUAAAAGAGGUAAGAAAAUCUGUGUCGAGCUGAAGGCCAAGUGGGCGCAGAGAUACAUUUCUCUGUUGAAAUCCCAGAAGUGUUUGUGA